CCACAGAGGAGGAAGUUACUGCGCUGUUCAUGCUGAAUCGUCCGUCCGUGUCAUUAUUCGGUCACACGGACGGCACUUUUAAACUUUUUUAAUCAUAUAAAAGGCUCGGUGUGACCUCUAACUCUGUCUCGUCACUUAUAAUCGAGCCAAAGCUUCUGUAAGUGUGUAAUAUUUGGCGCUUUUCUGAAUUUCGGCCUUGUUUUUUGGUCUUCAGGUGGAGCUAACUGUGCUAACUCUGCGUCAGCCUUUAGCGCCAGUUAUAAGCUAGUUAUAAUCUUAUUUAUUGCCUUUCCUAAGUCGAUAUAAAUUACUGAAGUCGGUAUAAAGAGAGUGGAAUCCUUAUCUCGACCUUUUUUGUUAUCAUUUCUGUGUUUUUUGUGUUUCCAUGACUGGCUGGUUAGCUUGGCGCAGCUAAUUGUUCAUCGUGGCUAAGCUAAGCUAGCUGGCUAACGUGCUGUUGUGUGUGCUUCAUCAUGGCGGUGGUCAUCCGCUUACAGGGACUCAGAAUCACAGCUGGUUCUGAGGACAUUCGCAGGUUCUUCACUGGCCUUAGAAUACCCGAUGGUGGGGUUCAUAUCAUUGGUGGCGAGCUUGAGGAAGCUUUCAUAAUAUUCGCAUCUGAUGAAGAUGCGAGGCGGGCGAUGAGUCGCUCCGGGGGAUGCAUUAAGGGCUCCCCAGUCCACUUGCUUCUGAGUAGCAAGGCAGAGAUGCAGAAGGUUCUCGAGGAAAGCACGAGGAAAUCUGAAGCGAACAGUAACAGGAGGUUUUACAAGGAGGGAGCGAAAAUACCACCCCCGGCAGCAGAGGGAAGGCCGCCGCCGUUAAAAGAGGAAAUGAGAGUUGAUUUGCGACGAGGAGAACAUCAAGAUUUAGGGAACAGCAGAGCAUCUUCAGCUUCUCUAAUUGGCUCUCAGAAUCAGAUGGGUGAAGGUGUAUCAGAUGAGGUGGGCCUUUAUUUGAACUUGUCCGGAAUGCCGUUCUCGACCACGAAGGAGGAUGUCCGUAAUUUUUUAGCGGGCUUACAAGUUGAGGACAUGAUUUUCUUGAGAAACCGUCGUGGGUUGUUUUAUGGGAGUUGUUUGGUCAAAUUCGCCACCAGAGAGGAUGCCAGAGAAGGUCUAAAGCGGGAUCGGCAGUACAUUGGGCCACGUUACGUCAGAAUAAAGACUUGCUCUGAGGAUGAGUGGCUGGAGGCUGGACGCUUUGGCAGACCAGAAGGUUCAUAUCAAAGAAAAUGCACACCAAGUCCCACUCGAUCACGCUCCCCCAUUCAUUAUCAGUCGAGGUCUAAGUCAAGGUCACGUUCCCCUUCCAGUGAGGAGUACUGCGUGCUGUACGAGAACCUCUCACAGUCAAUCGAAAAGCGAGAUAUAAAUGCGUUACUCCACCCUGUGUUCUUGAAGGAUGAUCAGAUCAUUAUUUUUGCUGAACAGAACCAGGAGAACACUAAAUCUGCUGUUGUGGUGUUCAGAAACCUGAAAGACUAUUGUUCUGGCUUGGCUCACCAUAAGGAAACGUUUCUCCACAGGGUUGUCUACGCAUCUCCUAUCUCCAAAGAAAAGAUGGUUGCCGUUUUAGAGUCUUCUACUGAUUCCAGACACGGUAGAGAAGAAAGAAGGUCCAGCAGAUCAUCUGAACGAUCUCAAAAAAGCUCCCAUGAUUCGGAGAGAAGGUGUCUGUACGUUCGCAAUAUGCCGUUUGACGUCCGUAAAGUUGAGAUUAUGGACUUCUUCCAUGGAUUCCAGCUGGCGGAGGAUAGGGUUGUCCUGCUGCAUGAUGAGAGAGGAGCUGGGCUUGGUGAGGCUUUAGCAAUCUUCCAGACGGAAAAGGAGGCUAUGAUGGCACAAUCUCUGAAUGGGCAAAGGUUUUUGGGAUCAGAGGUCAUUCUGACAUGCAUCACCUUGGCUCAAAUGCAGGUAUUUGGUGUCAACCCCAAGGCAGUCGGAAGCAUACCAGAGAGGAAAUGUUCAGAGGAGCCCGGGGCGAUACAGUGACCCAUCACAUUUCUCUAAUGACCGGAUGUAUCUAGAUGAACGUGAUGUUAUGCCUGAUGGGCCCCACUAUGGACAGGGCAACCGUGGCCCACUUGGCAAUUUUGAGCACCCUGAUGCUUAUGGACAGGCUCCGCAAGGUAACGGUUCUGGCUCCCAUCAAUAUGGACAGUCUGACCAACGGUUUGAUGGACCUACAUGUCUAAAGUUGCUCAAUCUGCCCUCCAAAAUAAGAAUCGAUGAAAUUUAUGACUUCUGUUAUGGCUACAGAGUAAUUCCAGGUUCAGUCUCAUUGCAGUACAAUAGGAAGGGAUUAUCUAGUGGUUCUGCUACUGUCGUGUUCGAAACCCACACCGAAGCAGUCACUGCUAUUCAAGAAUUAAAUGGA